AUGAUCCAGAUCCGCAACCGGGUGUUCAUGUUGAGGGCUUCGGUGGUUCAGGGCGAAGUUCCACUCCUCAUGAGUCGGAGUGCUCUGAGUAAGCUGGGCAUGGUGUACGAUCUCGAGGACCACUCAGCCCAGUUCAAGCACCUCGGAAUCAACAAGUUCUCUCUGAUGACAACAGACAGUGGCCACCCAGCCAUCCCAGUGACGCCGAAACGUGUGCCGGGCAUGAAGUGGCCAUCGCCCCAACAGUGGGCGAAUUCGGAGGUGAUCAUUGUUCCCAUGGCUGAGUCGCAAUACACAGCAUACAUGACCAGUGCUCGUGGCACUAGUGAGGGUGAAGUCAGUGCUGCUCUAGAACCACCCCCUCCUAUGCCCUCUCGUGAUGAACCCAAAGCUCCAGGACACAAUCUCUUCUACCCCAAGAAGAUCAACGCGUGUGUUCGGAACAUCCUGUGCGCCGAGCCCUUGAACGACCGCCUCUUCGCCACCUGGUGGGGUGGCACACCGAUUUCAAAGGAUUUCUGGAUCGAGUGUGAAGACUCACUUGUGCGGGUUCAUGUCGUUCCCAGGAAAGGCCUGUUUGAUCCCUCCAGAUGGGAAACACCCCAAUUUGAGGUCAAGGACAAGCUGCUUGGGAUGAUUGGGAUGGUUCGGUGCACUGCUGCAGUCUCAUGUUCGACUCUUUCAAGUUUGAGCGUUGUUCGUGAUCUGUGGCAUGAACAAAGCAAUGCAUCCCUACCAGUGCUAUGGGUUGGCCGCACAGUCUUUUCUCGAGUUGCAGCUAGACCGCCUCUCUACGGUAUCCCGCCUCGAGUAGGACCUCCAAGACCUCCUGAUGGCAACUCCCCAGCCGGUGAACAUCUGGAAAAUGAACAAGACGCAGCUGCUGUCAGAGGCGAUGAGGAUGAACCUAACGAUCCACUCCUCCUGGUCAGUCGGGGAACUCCGCCAGGUCAUCAGCGAUCAUCGGAAAGUUUCCGAGGAGACCUCCAGUGUCCCCAAGGGUCUAGCAUCAAUGACUCUGGAACAGCUGAAGGCUCAGGCGACUCAACUUCAGAUCCCUAUCCCUGCUCGGGUGACAAAAGGGCAGCUGCAGAUGAUGAUCAGGGAUGCCGCGACGCGCAACAAGGCGGAUGCGGUGGUGACCUUCGGGAGGCACCGCAACAAGCUCUACCGAGAGGUUCCGGAUCAGUACCUGGAAUGGGCCAUGCUGGAGGUGCAGGCACCCUGGCGAACUACGCGAAGGCGAAGCUCGCACCGAACGAGGAAUCGGUUCACCAGGGAUACAACCCCGAGAUCAAUUCCAAGGUGCCGCUGCCGAGCGAGGAUGGCGGGGACUCAGCUUGGGAGUCUCACUGGUCGGAACUGACCGAGACGGCGAUCCAGAUGAACACCCGGGCGGCGGCGAAGGCAGCAUCGGUAUCGGCCAUGCGGGCAGCAGCUCUCAAGAAACGAAGUUCCGGGUCAGGUUCUCAGACGGAGAACCCAGCGGUCAUGAACCAGGAGAUCCCGAAGGAAGUCAGCGAGGAGAUCGAGGCCCUGAUGACACGCUUGGCGACCCUCAAGGCUGAUGAUCAGGACGCCGCCGAUGACGUGAAGCUCUCCGACGGGACCAAGGUGAUCGCUUUUCCAUCACAGUCUACACCACCCGUGGAAUACAGGAGUUGUCUAGGUUCGGGUCCUGAAGAUCGUGAACAACAGCUACGACCGAAGAAGAGCAUCCGAAAGGCUAUCUGGAAAGGGGCACAACGAGCUAGUCAAGCUUGCGUCUUCGAGAUUGGUGGCACAGAGGUCACCUACCAGAUGAUCGAGGCUGGGGCACACGUCAUCGAGCCGAUUUCAUGGGAUGAGUUCUUUGGCAACGAUAUCCAGCUUGAUGCCCAGAGUACGAUUAAGAUCACGGAGAUCUCCGUACUCUACGACUCGGCCAUCUUCCUCAGGACGAUGCCCAUCGGGAAGAUUGCAAGGCAUCUUCGCUAUGCUGGUGCAGAUCCUGGAGUACUCAAGGACAUUCUUCUGAAGCUUUCUGUCGUGGCUUUACGACUUCUGCAGGACAAGCACACUGGCAACAAGGUGUUGUUGAGCGUCAUGGUCUUUGGUAUCAAGAAAUACUGCAGCGCGUCGUUGAUGAGAAGCGUCGUCAUGGUUAUUCACCUACACAAGCUGUUUUCGGUAAAGACCCUCGUUCUCCUGAAGAGCUAUGUGCAAGCAAUGAUGAGGAGUCGCGUCAAGAGAGGCGGCUAUGCGGUUGGUGAAUUGGUGAGUUUCUAUCGCAUCGAGAAGGAGGGAACUGGUGGGUUUCUUUCGGGGGUCGUUGUCAUCUUGUUGCUGAAGAACAUUUGCGUCCUUCAUCACCGGAG